GCCUGAAAGAGUAUUUUGAACACUGGGCCUGCGGUACGAGUGACACAGUGUGUAAGAAAGCGGCAGUUCAAGACCGGAGAGCGUUGAGACCAGGACUGUUAGUCGGCCAUGAAGUCGGUCCUGGUCGAGUCCUCAAGUGUUAUGUACGAGUCCAGGAAGAAAUAGAGACAGUAGAGUUGUGUACGGUGAUGUACAAUGUAACAUUUUAGUUGUUGAUGUGUUGCCAAUUGUGUCGUAUUGGCUGUCUUCUACUUAUUCACUCAUUAUUAAAGUACCAGAUUAUUGUGGAGCUCUUGUUGUCAGAAUCUCAACUGAAAAUGGCGCUGACCCCAGAAAUUGUAGAGCAAGAAACCCAAAGUGUACUUUUUAUAUUUUUUGAUGAACGCAUGCAAAGAGAUGGCAUUGAGAAAACUGCAGAAAUGCAGCAACUACUGGACUCAGAGGUGACCGGAUCACAAAACAUGGCCACAUACAAACAAUAUGCAAGUAUGGUGUUAUUAGUUGCGGAUGAAAUAGAUAGCAAAUACAAUACAAAGAUACAAGAUCUUGCAAGCACAGUUCCUCCGAAUGCAGAAAGGGAAAUAAUAAAACAGGUAGCCGAAGAAAUACUCUCAGGAGGUAUCACAUGGGGCAAGAUUGCGGCUUUGUUUUUAUUCACCUACAAAGUUUGUAUACGGGUUUUAGAUAGAUUUCCUCUAAUCACGAAUAUCAUCAACAUAGUUCUUGACUUUAUGGCUGUUCGUGUUGUCCAUUGGAUAAUUCAGAAAGGCGGAUGGAAAUCCAUUCAAGAAAACAUGAUCAGACCUCUACCAGAUAUAUUCAGGAUCAGCCUCGGGGUAGUUUUCUUGUCUGUUGGUGUAUUUCUUUUGUUCUGGUAUCGGAAAUAACGACGUAUUCAAGCCUUACAGACAGACCUAUAUAUAGAAUGGCCAUAAUUCGUUCAUUUUCAAAUGAUAUCUAAAUCAAUAGUAAAAAAAACCCAAACAAACGCAAAAGACAUUCAGUUUUAACAGACCACAAACAAGAGUCCCAUAUUCCUUACCGUUUAUACAAAAAAGAAGGUUCUAUACUUUCUUAGCAAUCAUUCUUAUAUGUAUACUUCACGCUAAAGUCGUGAUAUUAUAUUAUGUGUUUGAAUCUCAAAAUAAUUGUUUUAUCAUUGUUAGCAUAGUUUCAUGUUUAGAUCUAGAUUUUAGUUGGAAUCUGGCGAUUCUCAUACAUGGCGAAAAAUCUAAAAAUAGUAUACAUUGUGGUAGUUCCGGUGUAUAUGAAAAGUAAGUGUGGGUAAAUUAUCUCCUACGGGGGAUGACCGCAUGGUAAAGGCGAUCUUUUUUUUUUUUUGAUGACCUUAAAGAAGUUUAGGCGUAAAAGUAAAGGAGCCUUCCCCACCCCCCCCCCCACCCCUGGGAAGCGACAUAAAGAUCACAUCAGGCCGCCCUCGCUGACAUAAAGAUCACAUCAGGCCGCCCUCGCUGACAUAAAGAUCACAUCAGGCCGCCCUCGCUGACAUAAAGAUCACAUCAGGCCGCCCUCACUGACAUAAAGAUCACAUCAGGCCGCCCUCGCUGACAUAAAGAUCACAUCAGGCCGCCCUCGCUGACAUAAAGAUCACAUCAGGCUGCCCUCACUGGCAUAAAGAUCACAUCAGGCCUCAUUUGCCCUCACUGGCAUAAAGAUCACAUCAGGCCGCCCUCACUGACAUAAAGAUCACAUCAGGCCGCCCUCACUGGCAUAAAGAUCACAUCAGGCCGCCCUCACUGACAUAAAGAUCACAUCAGGCCGCCCUCACUGGCAAAAAGGUCACAUCAGGCCUCAUUUGCCCUCACUGGCAUAAAGAUCACAUCAGGCCUCAUUUGCCCUCACUGGCAUAGACGCAAGUAGUUAUCAACAGAUGACCUCUUAAAAGAGACAGCUGAAGAGUUCUCAAGAGGGUCGCCGAACAAACAUUUUAGACUUUAAGAUGAGACCUUGCCGCAGACAGGCGCAGACGUCGAAAAAAAAACUGAGAUAGACCCCUAGCGGACAGCGGCUUUAUUGCAUUACAUUUGGCAAAUUAUAUAGGUCGCAUCUGGGCUUGGGAGAUCUGGUGAAAUACUGUAGAAUAUAAGACAACGCCCUAUAAAAGUCUUGAUUUAGAUUAAAACAGUUCUUUAUCUUCUUAUCUUAUCUUAUAUAAUACAGAAGUUACUUCAAAAAAGAAGAUCAUUACGCCCUACGCGUCAUGCAUUCAGUCAUGCAUAUUAACCAAUGACUUAAAUUCUGCCGAGUCACUGGUUUUCAUGGCCAGCUCAGGCACCCCAUUCCAUGCCCUAAUAGCGCUAGGGAAGAAUGAGCAUUUGUACACAUUUGUCCUAGCAUAUGGAAGUUCUAUGUGACUUUAUCUUUGUGUCUUUCUGAGUAUUUUAUUAAAUUUUGUUUUUGUAUUUGAAGAUUAUGGUUUAGUGUUUUAUGUAUAAUUGCUACUUUACUUUUGAGUCUUCUGUCCUGAAGGUUUUCUAAAUUUAGUGAUUUUACUAAAGGAUUUACUCUAGUCAAAUGUAAAUAUUCGUUUGUUAUGAAUCUCACUGCUCUAUUUUGUGUCUGUUCCAGUUUCUUAAUGUUUUCUUGAGUUGAGAUGUCCAAACAGAGGAUGCAUAUUCUAUUAUUGGCCUAACCAAGGUUAAAUAACAUUUUAGUUUUAUGUUCUUAUUUGAUUCAUAGAAAUUUCUUUUAAUGAACCCUAAUGCUUUGUUUGAUUAUGUUUUUAUUAUUAUUAUGUUUUUAUUAAACAUAAUCAAAGUUAUCCAGAACCUCUACAAGGAUGCCACCAGUGCGGUGUACUUCAACAAUAAUAUUGGGGACUGGUUCAAAACCACAGUUGGAGUAAGACAAGGCUGCCUACUGUCACCAAUACUCUUCAAUAUCUUCCUUGAAAGGAUAAUGGAAGAUGUCCUCGAGGGCUAUGAAGGUACUGUUAGCAUUGAAGGAAGAAGAAUUACUAACUUGCGCUUCGCAGAUGACAUUGACGGCCUAGCAGGGACAGAAGAAGAACUAGCUGACCUGGUGAUGCGCAUUGACAAGACUUCCGCAGCACAAGAAAUGCAAAUAAAUGCAAAAAAUCUCAAAUUAUGACCAAUAGCCCUCAGGGCUUUAAAAGAGGCAUCAGUAUUGGAGGUGAAAAGCUAACUAGUGUUAACAGCUUCAAAUACCUCGUAGCUAUUGUCUCAGAUGAGGGAACAAAACCCGAACUAUUGGCCCGAAUAGCACAGUUCACAGCAGCCCUUUCAAAACUUAAAAUAAUAUGGAAAGAUAAGGGCUUAGCCCUUGGCACCAAAAUCAGACUGAUGCGCUCUCUGGUCAUGGCCACAUUUUUAUAUGCUUGCGAGUCGUGGACGUUGAAUGCAGAGCUUGAGAGAGAAGGAUCCUAGCAAUGGAAUUGAGAUGCUAUAGAAGGAUCCUAGGCAUUGUUUCGUAACUGACAGACAAGAUCUAUCUAAUUUAUAUCUAAAUCUAAUUCUGAUUUAUUUAUUCUAAUUUAUUGACAACAUUGUUUACCCUUUCCCCCCUAACUGACGAGACCAACGUUGAUUCGACCCAUUAAAUAAAAUUAAUUUUUGAUUUUAUAAACUUUAAUUUGUGUUAUAUAAAAAGAUCAUGCAUUCUUCUAUAAUUAUAUACCUAUAUAACAUUUCCUGAUUACAUGGAAAAAAGUUCUUUGAAGUUUAAUCAUAACAGGGUAGUGAACACACAGAUGAGCAAAAUGAAUAAUUCCAUCGGAACGUAGAAGGUAAUUUCGGAGAGAAAGAGUUAAACUAGACAUUACAUUCCUGGCAGGUUUUCGUUCGGACCCAGUAGGUCUUCUUAUCGACUCUGCUUUAUUACCGCUAGUUAGUUGCCUAUUUGUUGUUGUUUUUUGUGUUGUGCCACUGUCAUAAAGUGAAACUCUAAGGAGUCCUCCAUUACGCGUUUAUUCUGUUCUACAGACGGAGGAGCUAGGAAAAUUGGACUCAGUGGUGCAAAAAAGCGUGCCAUACGAAAAAUGGCCGGCCCCUCUACCACCAAAGAGAAAGCCACCUUGACCUGCAAUAUAUGUGGACGGGAGUGUCUCUCCAAAAAUAGGGCUACACAGUCAUAUGAAAAAGUGCUCGAGAUGAACCAUAGCCGUUCUACGACUGAAGGAGGCCAAUGGAAUAAGUACACACAAAAUGAUAGCACAGCUUUUAAAAAGCAAAGAUGAUCAACUCGUCCUUUGUUGUGUGCACACCUGAUGCACCAAUCGGAUGGCUGCCUGGUCGUGCGGUUUGUGCGCUGGACUGUCGUUCGGAUUUAUCGACGGUCGAGGGUUCAAACCCUGCCCGCUCCCAUCCCCCGUCGUCCUGCGGGAGGUUUGGACUAGGAAGUAAACUAUCUUCAACUCUGAAGGAACAUCCGAAACAUGUAAAACAAAACAAAUAAGUGUACUAUUUAUAAUUUUCCCCCUAUGAAUGAGAAUCUCAAAUAGAUUUAUGAAUAUUAGGAGAACAAAUAUUUUAAGCUUAUAUAUGUAUGUGUAGGCCUAUUUUCUCUAUAUGAUGUGUGUGUGGUUCAAACACACAAAACAAGGAAUUAGUUAAAUCAAAAAAAAAAUAUUUUAAAGCACUGUAAAAAUCAUUUAUUUGUAUGAAUUUUGGAUCUAUUUUUUAUUUGCAUUUUUUUAUUACCACAUUAUUUUUCUUAAUAAAAAAUAUAUAUUAAUACUACA